UGAUCUCGUGGUCACUCGGGAACAUUUUCGACCACGUGUCAUGAGCUAAGCUUAUCGUCAUCGCUGGCCUGGAAAGAGAUAAAAGGCGUUCCAGUAAGCAUUCCGUGAAAUUCAUAUUUACCCGCCGACGACAAUGUCUGAAACUGUGUCUGUUUCGUCCAGCAGCAAACCGUACUCCGAUCUUCCCCCUAUCAAUGUGGCGCUGUUUGAGGCCAAGGCGAGGAAAGGUUUGACGUUCGACGAGGUGGCCAAGGCGAUUGGCAGAGAUGAAGUCUGGAUUGCAGCGGCGUUCUACGGUCAGGCAAAACUCGCCCCGGAGGAGAUAGAAGCACUUGGCAGGGUCCUCGAUAUCCCUGCCGCAAACAUUCAGGGUUAUCUUGGAGCUCACUGGUGGCCGAACCGUGGUUUAGGGCCGAUGCCACCGACGGACCCUCUUCUCUAUCGCUUAUACGAGGGCGUUCUGGUGUACGGGCAUGCGAUCAAGGCUAUCAUUCACGAGAAGUUCGGCGACGGCAUCAUGUCCAUGAUCGACUGCAAGGUUCACGUGACCAAGAAGCCCGAUCCAAAGGGUGACCGUGUGGUUCUUACAUUUGACGGGAAAUUCCUACCAUAUUCAAAGUGGUGAUAUCAAUGCGUAUAUUUCGCGAGGUACAUAGUUCAAGUUCAAGUUCGUUGUAGAACAUUCGCAAUACGUAUACACGUGCUUCUCCGUGAUGAGCUGAAAUCCCUUCGCUGUUGCUCCGUCACAG